AUGGUAGCCAGCUCAGCCAGCACGUGCAAUCAUCCCGCCCACGGUCCAAAUGGGUCUGGCGUCCGGUCCGGGAGCAGCGCGCCUCUUUUUUGCAACCCUUUCCCCAGAAGGUGGGGCAAAAGCCGGCGCUCCGCGGCUCCACGAAGCUGAACAAACGCCGCUCUCCGAAGCCGGUCUGGCUUCACGAGGCCGGCGCGCCAGCCAGACGACCGUUAAGCGAGCAGUGCACGCGUGCAUCGGGAUCGCCGAACAUCGCCGAUCGAGGAGCCGAAACGAACGUUGAGGAUCCAAGUGUCGACGACUCCGACUUGUGGCCACUUCCCGAGUUGAAGCCUCCGAGUGAGCUCGACCACGUCGACGACAUGGAUGACCUGUUCAUUGACGUACCGAGCGCGGGAAUUGUGUCGGCGGUGGUGGAGGCGGCGGUUCCGGCCCCACUCCUGUCCCCGAUGCCACAGAUCGGAGAGCCGUUGGAGGACAAUGUGAUGCACGAGCUACAGCCGGCUGAGAUCAGUGUUGGUGAAGAGAUGAAUGAGAAUCCGGAAGGCACGUCUUCCGACCAUUGGCUUUUAAUGGAAAUGGCCUGCUUGACUUCAGAGCCCUCUUUCCAUUCGUUGUCUACCGAGUGCUAUGAUGACAACGGUCUCAACUUGAACUGGGAUGACAACUUCUAG